AAUAAUUUCAUAAUGUCUAAUUUGACAUCAGAUUUCUGGAUUUCAUCCAGAAGAUUUCAACGAGACGAUCAUAUAACAUAUCUUGAGAUAUUUUAGACGAAGUAUAAAAUUGGACUAGAGAGAGCAAUACUACCCUAAAAUUCCAUGGCUCUUGGAUCUCUUUCCCCAUGUCUUGCCCCCUCCUGCGUUUGUUCUCCCCUCUCCGUCUCUCUUCUCACCCUCAAUUCCAAUUGCGAGGUUGUAAACAAUUCGCGCGCGGAGAAAGGCUCAGGAAGAAUGCAACUGACGUGGGCCGAGGGGAGAUAUGCGUUCUGCUUGCUGAUCCUGCAAAUAAGGCUGACGAACUCGCGUACGUCCUGGCGGUUGAAUGCCGCUGAUAAAGUCGUGAAAACGACCGACUUUGUGAGUACGGUCGAGGACGACCCGAUCUUCGACAUCCUCGCGGGCAGCGUGGUCACCGGCAACGGCCAGACCUGGAGCAGAACCGCGACGUCCGAGAAACAUGAGAAGGUGCAGAUUUACUGUCAGGAAUGCAAGGGUUUUGCCAGCCAGAAGAGACGACUCUCGUCGUACGUGUUGAAGGAUACUCAAAAUAUCAGCGAGUCUUUCCCACUAUCCUCGCAAGUAUCGAACGAGCAGGUGACGUGCGCCUCCGGUCAGCAAUGCGACAACAUAAUAUUGGAUUGUGGCAAGCCGGUCAACUUCACUUACUAUGACAAUCUUAUUGGUGUGGCGAACAGGAAUAAACAUCCGUUGGUACCAGAGCCUAAUGUAGCGCUAAUGUUCAAGAAGAACGGCGGCAAAACUGUCGAUGUUGACAUUGACUUAUUAGAGAGACGCUUGAAAAAAGCAAAACGAGAGAAACCGAAAUCUGUUCAGCUCUAUAAUCAGAUAGGAAAUUUCUGGCGUAUUAAAGGCGAUGCACAGAGAUCGAUCGAGUGCUUUCGUAGAGCACUUGCUGUAUCACCGCAUAACGCGGAGGUUCUUUUGAAUUUGGCUCGAGUAUUGCUGGUACAACAUUAUUUAGAUGACGCAACAUACUUAGCCAGGCGGUCCUUAGAGUUGCAGCCUCCGGAUCGCAAUGCGUGGGAGCAAUAUCUUACACUUGGACAAAUAUUCAAGGCAUAUGGACAUUUCCAAGAGGCAGCUGUACACCUGCGUCACGCAUUGGAAUUAAAACCGGAUCUCUCCGAUGCUGCUGAUGCAUUAAAAGUCGAGUCAUUGCCGCUUGCAAGUAUACACAUGUAUACAUUGCUGAUUAUCCUGAAGAUUAGCUUUAACAUACACAGGAUGUCCCAAGAAAGAUGUGAAACAGCAGUAGAAUUCUAUUUUUGA